GAGUCUGAGAUCCCCGGAUGUAGGAAGAAAAGACUCUACCUCCUCAUUGUGCAGGAUUUAUCUCGGGUCAGUGGCGAUUGGACCGGACAAUGGUUUCGACACAUAUAAGAAGUAGGCCGAGAAGAUCACAAUCAUCGGAUCAUUCACAGUUGACCUCUCCGAGGCUUUUAGCACAAGCAGCUCUCAGUCCCAGCUUCUUUCAAGCACGGCUGAGCUAGCUGCUUCACAUCACGAUACAUUUUAGACUAGAUUCAAUUUUGCGACGAAGAUGACGUCUCCAAUCUACCUUUCCAUUGGACUGGCAAUUUUGUACGCUGCCACGGCAGACGCGCAGCUAUCUCAGAGCUUCUACGCAAAGAGCUGUCCCGGUGGUGUGCAAGCUGUUGCCAACGUGGUCAGCGCGGCUGUUCGCAGUGAUAGAAGAAAUGCCGCCGGCCUUCUCCGAUUGCAUUUCCACGAUUGUUUUGUCAAUGGAUGCGAUGGAUCAGUGCUUCUGGCUUCAACUCCUGGAAAUAAGGCAGAAAAGGAUGCACCACCAAAUCUUUCACUCCAAGGAUUUGGAAUCAUCGAUCAAGCGAAGGCGGCAAUAGAGAGAACCUGUCCCGGUGUUUUCUCGUGCUCCGAUAUCCUGGCCCUAGCAGCAAGAGAUGCCAUCGCCACUAUUGGAGGUCCAAGCUGGACGGUUCCCCUCGGUCGAAGGGAUGGAACCAUUUCGCGCGCAAGUGCCGCGUCUAGCAAUCUUCCGGGUGACGGGUUCAGCUUCAGGCAGCUUCUUCAGAACUUCAACAGCAAGGGCCUCAGCCAAUCGGACUUGAUAGUCCUUUCAGGUGCCCACACAAUCGGACUUACCCACUGCAGCAAGGUCACUCCCCGCAUCUAUAACUUUCCCAGAAGCGCGAGUGGUGCCGACCCUUAUCUCAACACCACUUACGUCAGGGAGAAGAGAGGAGUGUGUCCCAACUCCGCCAGCAGCGCCAACAAAUUCGUCGCUCUGGAUUCAAGCAAGGGAGGCCAGACCUUUGACAUCAACUACUUCACUAACGUUCUGGACCACAAGGCCAUCUUCAAGUCGGACGAUGCUCUCAUCUCCACAAGCAGCGGUUUGAAGCAAGUGCUGGAUCUUGUUCGAUCCCCGAGCUCGAAGUUUUUCAGCCAAUUCGGGCUGGCUAUGCAGAAGAUGGGAAGGAUUCAGGUUCUGACGGGAUCUCAGGGAGAGAUCCGCAAAGUCUGCUCCAAGAAGAACUAGAGCAUAAGCUGAAAAUUGUUUCUUUGAGUUGUAAAACUUGUUUAGGGGACUCAGACUAGACUCUUCUUUAUCAAAUCACUUACGAUUGUAUAUGAUUAAACGUAGAACUUCCCAAUUCUCUUGGUGCAGCUAGUCACUGAGAACUUUGUGAUUCAAGACUUCAUGAACUGGCGAGAUAUACGCUAGUGACGUUGGUAAGGGUUUUGUAGCCAGCAGAGUGAGGUUUAGUACUGAACCUCAAUCUAAAGCAGUGAUAAGUAGGACUUUAAUCGCGAUCUGAGAGAGUUCUAAAUUAGCUAGGCAAUAUUACGAGUUAUCUGGAAUUGUUAGAAAGGGUAGAAAUGAACAUUGCAUUUGUCUCACAUGAAAUUCUUCAAGACCUUGGGAAGAUAGUCUGUUGUGCUUAUAAUGUACCAGGCGGAAAUUCCUGCAGGCACCAUUCUUUGCUUCGAUUAGUUUUUGAGAUCGAAGCCCACCAUUGAUCACUUUCAUAGAGCUUUGAAGCACAUAAUAAACUGACAUAAAUCUUUUCGC